AUGAGAGGCGAGCCUACACCUGCAUGGGACUCUGGGAACAGCACCAUUUGGGAGGAAUACACCGACGUCGCCUUUGUGGUGGCAAACAGCUUGAUUCUGUUGAUCACUUCUGCCGUGGGGAUCGCCGCAAAUCUUUUUGUCAUACUGGCAGUUUAUCGCCAAAAAUCACUGCAAACUUCGAAUAAUGCGCUAGUGGUGAAUCUGGCAGUCACAGACACUCUGAGAUGCGUAAUUGACUGCCCCAUUCUCCUCAUCAUCAUCCUGACUGUGUAUCGAAGAGGAAGUGUGGUUGAGCUGCUCUGUGAUGCACAAUUGGCCUCUUUCUCCUUCAGCUGCUGCAUCCAACUGUUGACACUGGCCUGUAUAAGCUCAGAGAGGUACCAGGCCAUCGCACAGCCCUUCAAAACGAGUCAAAGGCGAAGACGGAUCAUGUUGCUGAUUCCUCUCACAUGGGCCUUGGCUAUUCUGGUGGCUAUUUUUUGUCCGAUAUUUGUGAAGGACUCACCCGUGUAUCAGAGAUGCAAAGGAUUAUCAAGAGAGACAUUGUCCUCUUAUGACACUUUUGGACUUUACAUGUUGUUCCCACUUUGGGCAGCUUGUUUUAGUGUCAUUAUUGGAUUCUAUGCUCGCAUAUUUGCUCUUGUGAGAUCACACAAUCGCAAAAUAUUUGACAAAGGUACUUUUCUCCCUUCAAAAAAAGACAAAGAAAAAGUUAUGCAGGUGAAAGAAGAAACCACAGCUGUGGAAAAUGGACUUGGAAAAUCAGAGCAAAACCAGGCCCUGAGCAGAAGUGUUGCUCAGGUGGAACCGGCGACACAAGCUGAACCAAAUUUAUCCAAGACAGAUUCUACGGCUGCUCUACUGGCCUCAAAAAAAGCUGCACAAUGCUCCUCCGUCGGUUCAGAGAAUAACAAAGAAUUAAAAAAUACACUGGAGAUAACUGACUUGGAAACGAAACAAUCUCACCCUCCUGCAAUGCAGGUUGCAGUGCAGACUGAGGAGAAACCUUUUAAAAUGGAGCAGUCUAAUCCCUGUGGCACGAAAGCUGAAGCAAAACCAUCGAAUGGAGAUGCUGCUGCUAGUGUUAAGAGCUCAACCACAAAGCCGCAGAAGGUGUCAAGCAAUUUCGACACAGAAAAGCAGUCCAAAGAGAGAGUGAAAAUUGACAAAGCGCCCUCUGAAAUGAAAGAAACCAGCCCCCAUGUCCCCCCGUCUGCACAGUUAGAAAAUCCUGAAUCCACUUCUGUUUUACUGAUUGAACUAAAACAAGCCAAGAGCAGCAGCAGAGGAGAAACACUGACUGUCGCUACAGUAGAUCAAGUGUCUUCAUUACCUCCCGUAUCAAGUAAUGUCCCUGAAACAGAAGCUGAAAAGCAAAACAUGGCAGCGGAAGGGGCUGUUUGCAUGAUGCCUUCAAAAGCGAGUAAAGAGAGAGCACACAAGAAAAAAGAAAGUAAAAUGGCGAAGCGUGCUGGCUACAUAAUUAUAACCUUCGUCUUGUUCUGGCUGCCGCUGAUCACAACUAUCCUGAUGAACUUUGUUGUUUACGGAAACAAGAAUACAGGGAUCACAGUCAUUCAGGACUUGGAGAUUCUGUCCGUGUCUGUCGCCUGCAUCACAUCACUGAGUGACCCAAUAAUAUACGCUGCAGUGAACCCUCAGUUUCGGACAGAGUUUUAUCGGCUGAAAACCAAAUUUGUGUCCAUUUUCAGUAAGAAAUGA